AUGGUCUCUGGUGUCAUACGACCUUAUGGCGUCUUGCGUCGGUUUAUGAGUGAAGACGUCCGAAAACAAUUAUACGUUGGAUGCUUGAAUAGAGAGUUCGAUGAUGUUCUGACUAAAGUUAGGCCCAUAACCACGAAUGAGAUGGACUAUGGAUUUUUACAAGUAUAUCUCGCUAAAAGUUGUACCUGGGGUCAUAUGGAAUCGGUGGAUUACAUAUGGCAUAAAUAUGUGAUGAAUAACCAGAUCCUGAUAAUUCGUCCACAUGUAUUAUGUGCAAUGAGUAACUUGGCAUUAGCUAAUGAGAAAUUCUUUGUCACGAAACAGAUAUAUGAGUAUUUCGAACAGUUGUAUGGGUCCCAAAUAUAUGACGAGACUAUGUUACAUUGGAAGUAUGAACUUUUACGGAUUAAGAUUGAAAGUUUUGCCAGUGGGACAGGAGACUCAACAAGUUUUAGCGAAAAGUGGAAAGUGUUUCUUGAGGAUAUUGACCAUGUAUUACCAAUCAGUACGACGUUUAAUGUAAGAGAUUUCCCUCACAUGAUUAAAGCCCUAGCAAAUGAUUUAAGAAAUGGCAAUAUUACAGAGGAGUCCCUCUUAGAGAUGUUAUUCACGGAGAAGAAGAUAAAUAUAGGGAACCCUUCGAGUCUACCACUAUUAUUGAACUUGCUAUUGUUGCAACCAACCUUCACGAAUACUUUCAAGUUAGAUAUAUUUAAGAAAUUUUAUCAGACUCAUCCACAGUUGGACCGUAAAGAUUCGUUAAUAAUCAUGUUUAAAUUAUUGAAAGGUGACGGUUAUAAUUUAUCACAACUUGUUAUAUUUGCUACAAACCUGGACAAAGGAAAACUGAAACUUACCUCCCUGUCUUCAAAAUUACUAACCAAAGGAAUUUCCAACACAUAA